UAUCUGUGACGUCACUAAAUUCCAGUCAGUCAAAGGCGAGGGCAGGUCGUGGAGUUUACUGUAGGCUAUCAGAUAGUACAGGCGAAUUUGUGCCUGACAGCCAUUGGGUGAUGUAUACAUUGCUGUCAUACAGCCCUACUGACGGUACAUGUGACUCCCGCUUGAUAUCAGAAACCACCCUUCCCGCAACAACAACAACGGAAGUCUCAACGACACCGAGAACAUGCCCUCCCGAUUUUGUUACUUUAAACGGAGGCUGUUAUAAAUACCAUCAGGAAAAGAAGACAUGGAUGGAGGCGAAAACAACAUGCGAGUCUGAGUCGGAUCACUUGGUGGCGCUGACGUCUCUGCAGGAACAAAAUCAGAUUGCUAUUGCGAUAUAUGGUAUCAGAGGAGCGGGAGUGACCUUUCAUGGUGGAGGCAAUGACAUGGACAGUGACGGAAUAUGGGAAUGGCCGGAUGGACAACCUUUCGAUUUCUCGUACUGGGAAGGUGCCGUUCCGACAGGUGGGUGUCUAGUGGUGCCUGUGUAUCCUGGGAAAUGGACGACUGGAAACUGUGCAUCAGACAUGCGCGAAUUCAUGUGUGAGAUUGAUAUGUGACCAGCAUGUCUAACUUCAUCCAAUGGAGACAGCUUGUCUCGUCUGCAAAACGGAUCUCUUAGCUUAAAGUCCUCGAUACAAAAGAAUGGACAGAAACUGAAACUGUUUGACAGCAGAACUCAUCCUCAAACUCUGUCUUUAGAUUACACGAACAGUUAAGCCGUGUUCACAUGGUGCGACUCAUUUGUAUAAAUUCGUUGAUUGGAAAUAGUUGCGGGAAAUGUGAAAAUCUCCAUUUCAUACGAUUCAUAUUAUUCAUACGAUUCGGCUAAAAUCGAUUGAUAUUUCACAAUCGAUUGGAUUCUGUGGAAGUCUGAAAGUCGACAGACAAAUCGCAGUGUAACUAGCCAGCCGCUCUAUGUUGUAAGAAUUCCGAUAAAACUCGAGUAAACUGAUACCAACAUAAAAUUUCAGUUCUAUUAGGCAUGUUAUAUGAUGGAGCGCUCUUAACCGUGCGCUUUUGAACAGUUUAGUUUAUACUUGGUUUGAUGUCCAAAGGUAGCCACAAACUCACUUUCAGAGUUUGAGAGGCUUUUGUUUUCAAAAUAGCGACAACAUUCAACACUUUAGAAAAACCUUAUUUCAAGAAAUAGAAAUUAUAAAACUUAUCGACAUUCCUAAAUCAUUAUUG